UGUACAAGUCCGUUAAUCAACUAACUUCAUUAUAUCACGAAUGAUAUAAUUCGAAACGAAAAACUAUCGCUGAUUUCCUCGCCUCAUAUAUUUUAUCUGGAUCAAAUAUGAUGUCCCCUGCUUUUAUUACUUCUCGUCUUUCUAUCAGACUGUUGAUAAUGAUGAUGAUAAUGAUAGUGACAAUAAUGAUGUCACCUAGCAGCACUUCAGACGCUAUUGAACUGACAGAAUUGUCACCUGCUGACGGUCUCACUUUUGAAAAAGAUGAAGAGAUAAGGAUUACAUGUGAUUAUGAUUUGGGAUAUAGAGAUCCGAUUACCCUCAAACAAAAUGGCAUUGAUGUUGUGACGAUGACGUACUCCCGUUCGUCCUAUAAGUUUCUCCAGAAGAGCAGCAUAAAAGGUUUCACAUGUCAAGCUCCUUUGCACACGUCUGAGAUUUGGUGCACUAAAAAGAACACCACUUGCAGUGAUGCAACAUCAUAUAGCUGUUCUUUACUAGGCAUAGCUGUUUCCGGUCAAAAGAUUCUAACAGUAAGGUCUGGUAUAAAGGAUGUGGACUAUACUGAGGAGUCCCUUAAUUUCAACCGUCACUCUGGAUAUUUAUGUCGAGCAAAUACUGGCUUAGUUCCUGGAAGUACAGUCACCUUUGAAUGGAAAGUUGUAACAGUUGCUAAGUCAUAUGAUGGAACUAUAAAAAAAAAGCUGAUACAUACGAAAGAAGACGAAAUAACUGUUCCUAUUGCUGACAAAUGUUAUUCUGAGAUAUCUUCAUUCUACUCGUGCAUUCCUUUACGAGAUGUCGAAUUCUUUUCGUACAUUGAAUGUUCAGUAUUUGGACAGACACAGGUCAAACCAAACGACAGGUGGUGGAAACGUCGUUGCUUCUCUGGUUCUGGUGUAGCAAACUCUAAAUGGGUUUUGGUAGUCAAGCUCAUUCUUCUGCUUCUCGUUGUUGUAAUUUCUCGCUAGCAUCACCCCGUCUUACUUAAAAAUCAUAAUGAACGUUUGUAAAGAUUCCUGUUUACGUUGACCGACUCCCGUUUCGAAUGGCGUAUUAAGUGAUGCUGACAACAUCCAAGGACCAUUUCCCGUUCCAGAUUAUACAAGAUCUAUAAUAAUUUUUACUACUUAUCUUAAUUGUAAUAAUUAUAAGUCACCAAUUGUAGAAAUACUAACGGUAGUAAAAUAAAGAACUGAUAUUAACAAUCACACAUUUAAUUUACAAUUUUAUAUACACACAAUCUGAAUAUGUUUACAUAGUUUCUUCAGAUUAAAGUGAACUUUUGUGAAAUUAACAAUAAACUUACACCAAAAUUA